AUGUCGGUCACGCUGCAUACGAGCCUCGGCGACAUCAAGAUCGAGGUCUUCUGCGACACGGUGCCAACGACGGCCGAGAACUUUCUUGCGCUCUGCGCCAGCAACGCGUACGACAAGACGACGUUCCACCGCAACAUGAAGGGCUUUAUGAUCCAAGGCGGCGAUCCCACCGGCACGGGCAAGGGCGGCGAGAGCAUUUGGGGCGGCAAGUUCAACGACGAGUUCCAUCCGCAAAACCGCCACAAUGCGCGCGGGAUCGUCUCGAUGGCCAACAGCGGUCCCAACACCAACAAGCAGCAGUUCUUCAUCACGUACGCCAAGCAGCCGCACCUCAACAACGUGUACACGGUCUUUGGCAAGGUCAUUGACGGCUUUGACGUGCUGGACGCGAUGGAGAAGACGCCGGUCGACGCCAAGUCCCGGCCACUCAAGGAGAUUGUACUCGACUCGAUUGCGAUCCACGCCAACCCGCUCGCCGAAUAG